UAGGAAAAGAGUGUAGCUGCUUUUAUUGGUCAUCUAUUCAGUGCUGUUUGCGGAUUUGGUUCGGUUUUUUCGCACAAUGGAUGAGAUCUGAAUAUGUGUAAAUCAAAUCCAUACUAUCAUAUAUUCCCUCAAAAAGCUUUUGAAACAAUACAAAUCUAUGUUUAAAUACACACACAUGAGAUAAUGAAUAGGUGUGGUACUGUGGGUAAGGAGAUGUAUGAAUCGGAGCUGCACAUAGACGGACUGUGACGCCAGCGUUUGAUGCAAGACCCAAAGACGGUAGGCGGACCGUUCAGAUGGGUUUGUUUCGGGAUGGGAUUCCGACUGUCAGUUCACUUCACCUUGGCACAUCCAACAUACCGUUAAAGUAAAGCAAAAUGGAAAUGCAAAGGCUCGUUUGACGGCAGUUCAUCGGAAAUCCCAACAGUGCCGUCCGAGUGAGUCAAAGUAGAGCUAGUGAAGCAUCUGUCGUACACAAACACGAUGGGGUCACAACGGCGAUAAUUUCAGUUAAAUGAAUGUCGCUUUUCAUCAUUAACUCCACAACAACCUCAUCAUCGGCGAUGCGGGGAACAGCUGACCUCAGAACAGCAGAGACCUUAUAAGAUUGAAAUCACCGAGAGCUGUCCAGGGUCCUGACGACGCGCCGAGCCAUGGGUAUACAACACUUUCUGCUGCUGUUGAUUUAUUUGGACCCGCUGAACGUGUUUUGUACCCUGACCGCCAAACGAACGAAACCAGCGCCUAAACGGCCCCAGAAGCCGAAGGAAUUGAACAGCACCACGGUCGCACCCUCGGCAUCCACGCAGCGGAUCACGCAGGUCCGUCCGUCGCACACCCACGAGACCUGCUUGGGUUACUACGACGUGAGCGGACAGUUUGAUAAGGAGUUCGAGUGCAAUAACACCGACCAUCGCUACUGUUGCGGGUCGUGUUACUUGCGUUUCUGUUGCCAGUUUAAAGGCAACCGGUUAGAGCAGAGAACAUGCAAAAAUUACCACAAACCGGACUGGGUGAAAACUGUGCCACCGUCUCCUAUUCCAACAGGUGAUACUUACGAUCCGAGUAUGGACCAAACCAACACCGCGGUUUAUAUUACCUGCGGUAUUAUUGCUUUUAUUAUAGUUCUUGGGGUGUCAACAAAAGUCGCGUAUGACAAAGCAACUCAACCGCCUCAGGAAAUGAAUAUUCACAGAGCCCUAGCAGAUAUUCUCAGACAGCAAGGACCAAUUCCUAUAUCGCAGUAUGACUGUGAAAACUUUGCGGCGAUGAACAGCUCAUCCAAAGACAACACGCCACAACGCACAGGUUCCAAAAACCACUACACCCCUGUUCACAGCUCAAAAUCCAAUCACGGAGGACAUUACCCGAAGGACAGCAGUCGCGGUGGCGGCCAUGACCUUCACAACUUCAUAUCUUCUGGCUUUGUGACGCUCGGCCGAAGCCACGCGAAAGGGGAAAAGCACUUGCCGGUCCGGUCUCAAAGUCACCAUGGAGCCCAUCAGCAUAACUACAACCAUCUUGGUCUUAGUAGUCCAACUCGAACGCCAAAAAAUGCUCACAGACCUGUAAGACACGAGAGCACACGGAUGAGCAGCAUUCUCACAUCACAGACCGAGCCAUACGAUCUGUCCUUCUCUCGUUCAUUCCAGAGCCUGUCCCACCUCCCUCCUUCGUACGAAUCUGCUGUGAAAGCUGACCUCAACAAAUACUCCUCACUUAAGAGACUAACGGAAAAAGACAUGGAUGACUACUACAGCAGAAAGAGGCAUCUGCCAGACCUGGCAGCACGAGGAACUCUUCCCCUGCACAUGAUCAAGAUAAACCAGGACUCUCAGAGCAGUCAGCAGGUCCAACAGCAGCAACAACAACAACAGCAGCAGCAGCCGCCACCCCGCCAGCGCCCACGCAAAGUCCAGAGAGCCAUGUCCCAGGAUCGCGUGCUGUCCCCCGAGCGCAGCCACGGCAACGACUUCCCCAUGUCACCCUACCCCAUGUCCCCAUACGGUGGUCGCAUCCUCUCCGACGAGCAGCUCCUCUCAGCCGAGCGCCUGCGCUCUCACGAACGGCUGAUCUCGCAGGACCGCCUCCACUCGCAGGACCGCCACUAUUCCCAGGACCGCAUUCACACGCAAGACCGGAUGAUGAUGUCACAGGAACGCCUCCAUUCUCAGGAACGCCUCUACUCGCAGGACCGCCUGCACUCCCAGGACCCGCUAAUCUCCCCCGAGAAGAUGAUGUCCAUCAAGCGCGCUGGGUUCCGCAGCGAAAAGUCCAUGUCCAGAGCCAUAUCACACACGGACGUGUUCAUGCCUACCACGCCCAUCCUCGACCGUUAUAAGAUGACAAAAAUGCACUCCCAUCCCAGUGCCUCCAACAACGCCACACAAAACACUUUAACCAUGAGCCAGAACCAGACAGCCUCAAAGAGGCAGGCCUUCGCCUCUCGCCGCACGCAGACGGUAGAGCAGCUCCACUACGUCCCGCAACAACAACAACAUCACCAUCACUACCGCACAGGCAGUAAGACCGAAGUAACUGUUUAACCGCUGUGAACAAUUGAUCCAAGCGAAAAACUGGUCACUGAUACAAACCAGCACCAGCUACUCUAGUACUGAGACUACUAUUCUGUGUGUGCAUACCCAUUCAUUUAUAUGUGUUUGUAGAUCACAAGGAAAAGACGGACUUGUAAGAAACACGUCAAAGAGAUUCACAAAGAGCGAUGACUUACUGAAGAGGUGAAAGAACGAUAUAUGGACAUGGAACCGAACUGUAGAAUUAAAUACAAAUCCUGUUUAUACUUCCAGUCCUAGUCCAUAGCUUUAGAGGUUCUUAUAAUAUUCGCACUUCUGUCGGUGCCUCUACGAAAACGUAACAUUUCAACGACGAAGUGGUUUUGUGGGUUAAAAAGCACAAUCAAGUAAAAGUUGCGUUUUGCUCCGUUUCGUUCAUUCGUUUGGUUGGUGACGGCUAGCACAUAUCAGUUUUUUUUUAUUUUGCAUAGAUGAUUGUAAAUAAGCUCUUUUAGGCACAGUAAAUGGAGGAGUCGGUUCUGGUUGACAUUUGUAUUAUUGUAGUUUUUUUUAGAAAUUCAAAACUACAGACUUAUAGACAAGCCACUAAGCCAAUGUCGGACCAUUUAAAGUAAUAUGAUACUGUACGUGUGUCUUUACAAAUGUGUACGUAGAAUGAAAUUCAGCCGAAUGAUGUUGAAAAAUGGACAACUGUUGAUAUCUGGCUGUAGACUGUGUUGCAGUGACUCACAAGACAAAUGAGUAUAUUAUGCUUGUUGUGGUAGCUUCAAAUAAACCGUCAUUAUUUUUCUAAACACGAACAUUCAUGUGGUAAAAGUCUUACAUGCCUUGAAAAACAACUAAA